UAGGAGCAGAACCCAAAGAGGCAGCAACAGCAGCAGCGACAACAACAACAACAACAACAAUAAUAACAACAACAUCGUUAUCAAGAACUGCUGCAACGUUACAACUGAACGCAUUUAAUUGAAUCACAUUAAUCGGUUUAUAUUAUUAUGAAAUUAGGUAAAGUGCAGAAUGCAAACACAAGUCACAUAAAAAAAUGCCAUAAAAUAAUCAAUAAAAACACAAUUGUCAAAGUGCCAAAUAAUUGUCAAAUUAAAAUCGGUUAAUUAAUUAAUGCAAACGUGCAUUCGUGGAAACUAAUCGCAUUAACGCAAAUUAAUUGAAAUAAGGUCUCUGGGCAUUUGGCCACUGACAGAGAAAUCGCAAAACACGACAACAACCAUAACAAUAAUAAUAAUAAUUGGCAUUUGCCCCCGCUGAGAAAAGUGCAUAAAAGUUAAGCAGCAACAACAGCGAAAGCAGCAGCAGAGCAAGUUGUAAAUACCCUGGAGAGAUCAACUGGCCUCGCCGAAUGCAUUUAGUUUAAUUACGCAAUUUAAUUGCUUGGCCAUAGACUGCAAAUUCCCAAUUGCAUCAGAAAAAACUCCUCGACAACCACCCGCCGAAAGUUUCAUUGAGCUGAGGGAAAAGCUUUUGCCUGCAUCCGGUCUAUAUACAUUUCUGGAUCAGCGGAAGCAAAGCAGCCGUUAGCAGCAACAUGUGCCAUGGAGAGCCUGGGACUGGGCAGCAGACGCAACAACAACAACAACAACAACAAUCACAGCCACAGCCACAGCCACAACAAUCACAGUCACGGGCACAACCACAGCAUCAACAUCAACAGCGGGAGCAAUGGCAGCCACACAAACAGCAGCAGCGGCGGUGGCAACAAUACUGGCGGCGGCAACAGCGGCAGCAACUCUGUGGCAGUGGCAGUGGCAGCAACAGUGGGAGUUGCCGGACACCCGCAUCAUUUGGGCAAGUUGCACGUUCACGCCAGCACACAAUCGCACUCGAAGCUGAAGCAGCAUCAGCACACGCAUCAGUUGCAGCUGCAGCAUGCACCGCAUCAGCAUUCACAUCAGCCCGCCAAUCAAAACUAUUACACGCAACAGCAGACGCAGCUACAGCGUCUCAAGCAGCAGCAGAAGUUGCAACAACAACAGCAGCAGCAGCAGCAGCAGGACGAAGCUUUGUUGCAUGGCCUGUCGAAGGCGUUGCCUAAACAUGGUUCACUGCAUUUUCCGCCACCGCCCGAUUAUCCGCCGCCAGCAACAAGUCCGCCCCAGCAGCAGCAGCAGCAGCAGCAACAACAACAGCAGCAGCAGCAAAAGUCCGGCGGCAAUUCGCCAAUUGCUGUGGCAGCCAUUGUGAGCAGCAACCUGGGGCAGACAGCUGUCGGGGCAGCUGCAACGGUCAAUGGCAAUGGCAACGCGCAGCGUCGUCAGCUGUUGCCACGCUAUCCGGAUCCCGAUCCGGAUGCCAUUGAAAUAUGCAACGAACAGCAGGAACUGUCGCCUCACCAUCAUCAUCAUCCUCAUCCCCAUUCCCAUUCUCAUCAUCAUCUUCCGCAUCCGCAUCAAGGGCUCAUCAAGGCCAAGACGUUGGGUCGCGAUGGCAGCGAGGGCAGUGACAAGUGGACAACGUUGCAGCAGGCAAGCAGCUUGCAUCACAUGCAUCACGAUUACUCCUAUGCCUACUAUGAGCCCGGUGCCGCGAUGCGGCAUUCGAAUGUCCCCAAGCUGGAUGCGAAGGCAGCUCAAGCGCAAGCCGAAGCCGCGGCGGCAGCUGCUGUCGCUUCUGAUGGUCCGCCACCGCCACCGAACUCGAUUCGGGCGCUGCUCUCGAAGGGGAAGAAGAACAAGCAGCUGGUGUCGCCGGCCACGCUGCAAUCGUAUCAGACGCGCUACCACAAGCUGCACAGUUCGAGCUCGAGUCAGUGCGAGAACUUCUACGAGGAGAUCAAUGCGGCUGCCUUGCAAUCGACAGCCACAGGCAAGGCGGCAAUCGGUUCGCAUUCGCUGGUCGAGGAGGAGUUGCGACGUGUGCAGCAUCGUCAUCACAAGAUACUCGGCGAACUCAAUCUGAGUGUGGAGGCCAUGCUGAUGCCCGACAGUCCGCCCAAAUGCAGUCCACCCGAAGCAGUAGCAACAGCAACAGCAACAGCAGCAGCAGCAUCGACAUCUUCAUCGACAUCAGCAACUGUUGCGAGUGGCGUUGCAACGCCGCCGAAGCCAAGUCCAACGGUGUGUGUGACAGCGGCCAGCGGACAGCCGGUAAUGUUGGCAAUGGCCCGCUUGACCUCCACAUCGGCGGACAAUAUCUGUGAUAGCACCGAUGUGGCCGGCAUCGAGCAGCUGCUGGCCACACUCAAAGCAGGCAGCAGCAGCAACGCGGCGACAACAACAACGACAACGGCGAUGGCGACCUGCGAUCUGGACAGCGGUUUUAGUGGCAGCAGCGGUGCCAGCUACAUUGGCAGUCUGCGGCUCACCAAGACGCAGCACAUCAAGUGUGCACGUCAAACGCCAACGGCGACGGCGACGGCGACGUCAUCGUAUGCUACACAAAGUUGCCGCUCCUUUCAGCGUUCGAUGGCCUAUGAUGAGGCAACGCUGCAGCAGUCGGGCGGCACCAAUUGCAGCUUUCUAACGCGCGCUUCCUGUGGUCGUCGCAUACUCAGCUGUGCGAGAAUACGCGCUGCCGAGGAUCCGGGUCCCAGUGUGCCUACCGAGUCGAAGGCGCGCAGCUUUUGGAAUCGCAAGGGUUGGCGCAAGCUGCCCGGCAUCUCUACGUCCACGUCCAGCAUCAAUGAUGCAGGUCUUACAGAUGAACACAAAUUAAACUCUGGCUCAUGGGAGGAUACUUUGGCCGAACAGGAAGAACAGCAACAGUUGCAGCCACAUCCACAACAGCAGCAACAUCACAAUCAUCAACAGAUACAGACAUCUUCGUUUAUAACUGCGCCGCCAACUCAGGGCAGCAAUAAGGCGAGUGUGACCACAGCUCAAUUGCAUAGCGCAUUCAGUCGUCGCAUAGCCGAACAGCAGCAACAACAGCAGCAGCAGCUGAGGCAGCCCAAGGCGGCGGUCUACCAGAUUGGCCAGCAGGCAGACAGCGCCACAAUUGCCGGCGGAAGCUUCAGCGCCAACGGUGGCCAGGCUGCCACUGUUGGUGUUGGUGUCGGUGUCGUUGGCAGCAGCGCGAGCAGCAGCAGCGAGCGGGACACAAAAUCGCCAGGACGUGAAAGGCGCAACGAGCAGCAGCAGCAGCAGCAACAGCAACAGCAACUAGCAACCACAUCACACAACAACAGCAGCAACAACCACUCCGACGAGGAGGUAUUGACCGAAGAGGAGCAGACAAGCAGCAGCGUGAGUUCGUUAAGUGCCGGCAAUCAACGCAAUUCGCAAUUGCGUUCCACCUUCAACAAGGCCAAGCAGCAUUUGUCCUUUGACAAAUGGCGCACGGCUGCCACAUCCCAGUCCCAGUCACAGUCACAGUCACACACCCAAUCGCAUUCGCAAUCGCAGUCACAAUCCCAAUCACAGUGCGACACUAACAUGAUUAUGCGACGGGCCAGCGCCUGCACGAUGCCCAGCUCGGGUUCAUCGGCGCAGCGGGAAGAUAUCACAACACCAGGUGAAUCGCCUGGCGGUCGACUCUCACGCUGGUUCUCCAUACGACGCGGCUCCUCGCAUCAGUACGAUGUCGGUGGACGCGAUGGUCGGCAGUCGUCGGGCUCCAGUUUCGAUUUGCCUGAUGCCGCCGCCGCUGCCACAAAAGCCACAGCAGCAGCAGCAACAGCAGCAGCAGCAUCAUCGUCAGCAACAACAGCAGCAGCCACAAAUGCCACGGGCCACAGUGGCGGCAACACGUUGCUGGAUGCCAGCUCGCCACAGAAGCUGGCAAAUUUGGGAGCCAGCAAAAUGAUGCCCGGCGUGCCAGAGUACGAAGACGACGCCAGCUCGGAGGCGGGCAGCCAUCGCUACGACAUGGAUCUGAUGCUGCCGCCGGGCAGUCGAGCAAACGGCACCGCACGGAACGCACACAGUCGAUUGAUAGUCCCAAUGUUGCCACCAGCGCCGCCGGGAUUGUCGCAGCAGCAGCUGAAGCGGCGACACAUUGUGGCCGCCAUCGUGCACAGCGAGAACUCGUAUGUGGCCACACUGCAACGUCUAGUCAAUGAUUACAAAAAACCACUCGAAGAGUGCAGCCCACCAGUGUUGAAUCCUGUGAAGAUCGCCACACUCUUCCAUUGCUUGCCGGACAUUCUGCACUCGCAUAAAUUGUUUCGCAUCUCGUUGGCCGAAUGCGUACGCAACUGGGAUCGCGACGAGAAGAUCGGCGAUUGUUUUGUCAGCGCCUUUGGCAAACCCCAAUUGCUAGAGAUCUACUCCGGGUUCAUUAACAACUUCUCCGCUGCCAUGGAGCUGGCCAAAAUGGAGGAGAAACGCAAAUCGGCCUUGGCCGAUUUCUUUAAAGUGAAACAGAUCAGCGCCCACGAUCGUUUGUCGUUCUUCGGGCUGAUGGUGAAGCCGGUGCAACGUUUUCCCCAGUUCAUACUCUUUCUGCAGGAUCUGCUGAAGUACACGCCGCAAGGACAUCACGAUCGCAUGUCCCUGCAGUUGGCGCUGUCGCAGCUCGAGCUGCUCGCCGAACUGUUGAAUGAGAGCAAACGCGAAGCGGAACAGUAUCAGGCCUUCAAGGAGAUGCUUGGCCACAUCAGCGGCACCUUUAACACACGUUAUCUGAACAGCGUCAGCGACAACAGCGGCAAUCGAGCGCGUUAUCUGCUGCGCGAGGAUAAUGUCACGCACAUGGAGUUCAAUCAGGCUGGUUUCAUUGUCAAGUGCAAGCAGCGGCGACUGCUGCUGCUCAACGAUAAAGUGAUCUGUGUCUCAGUGGCGCCCAAGCAGUCGCAUGACUUCGGUGCCACCGAGAAGUUGACCUUCAAGUGGAUGUUUCCCGUCAACGAUGUCGAGAUCGUGGACAACACAACAUCGGCAACGCUGUCGCGAGUGCUAACAGCAGGUCUGAAUCGCGGCGGCAGUCUCAAGUCGAAUGGCAGCAGCGGCAAUCCCAGUGCUGGCUAUGCAAAUGCAACGCUCUCCGGCUAUGGCCAAGCUGCUGGCAUCGCUGGCGAUGCGCACAGUUCGCCGGCAGCACAGCUCACAAAUGGAGCGGACAAUUUGUGCAACGAGAUGAGCACGCUGAUGUACGACUAUGAGGUGAUCUCGCGCAUACACGAUCUGGUUGGCAGCCUCAAGGGCAGCUACAAGGAGCUCAACUCGAAUACGACACGCAAUGUCCUGAACACCAUUCAGGGCUCGAUACAGCGCAAGGAUGAGGAAAUGGUCUGGGUCGAUUCGUGUUGUCUGCAGUUGAUAGGACGCCACAAAUCGGGCAAAGAGGAGACCUUCACAUUCCAAACGCAAACGCCCAAUGUGAAAAAGGAAUGGAUCACCGAGCUGCGUUUGGCCCAAUUGGCACUCGAUCCGAACAAUUCGCCAGCGUGGGAGCGUUCACAGCACAGUCAUCAGCAGUCCGCACACCAUCAGCAGUCGACGUAUCCGCAUCAUUCGCAUCAUCAUCAUCAGCAGUCCACGUAUCAGAAUCCGCAUCAUUCGCAGCAUUCGCAUGCGAGUGGUCAGCAACAAUUGUCGCCCAGUCAACAGCCAUCGACGUACGAGCAACAGCAGCUCCAGGAGGCAGUCCAGCAGAAGCAGUCGCGUAAGAUGCCGCUCUUUGUCAAGGCGAUGCCCGUCUAUCGAUCACAGCAUCAAACGGAGGUUCGCUGUGGCUGCUAUUACAGCAUCGCCAAUGACACCAAGCAGAGCGGGAACGCGCGUCGUCGCCACAAGCAGCUCAACUACCUGUGGAUGUGCAGCAGCGACGGCACCUCGUCGCACAUCACCGUGCUCGCCCAGCAUCCGCAGCAGGCGGGCAACUUACGCGAAGCGGGCGCCUUCGAUUUGGUGGAGACCCAAGUGUCAGCGCUGGAGUUUGUUAAGGGGUUGGAUCAGUGUCGCACACGCGAAGAGCACAGCAGUCUGCUCGGUGAUUUGGUCUGGCUGGGCACCGAUAGUCGCAAACUCCUCGUCUACUCCGCCCGCAAUCCCGAGCAGGAGGAGCAACUGGGCAGCUGGUCAGUGCCGGGCGCAGUGCAGCGCAUACUCUAUCACUUUGAUGCCGUCUAUGUGGCUCUCUCGAAUGCCAUGGUGUUGAUCUAUCGCCGUGCCCACGACGGUGUCUGGCAGCUGCGCGAUCCGCAGCAGGUGGCGCUGGGCGACACCGGAUUGCCGGUGCCCAGUCUGUUGCCCAUCAACAUGAACAUCUAUGCGUCGUGCGGCAAUCGAGUCUAUGUGCUGAACGCCCUCAAUGGGGAAUUGCAGCGCAGCUUCGAGGUGCAACACGGGGCCAGUCAACAGGUCAAUUUGAUGGCACACUCGGGCAUCGGACUGUGGAUAUCGCUGAAGAACUCGACGAUGUUGUGUCUGUAUCACACCGAAACGUUUAAGCAUCUGCAGGACAUCAACAUUGCGUCGAGUGUGCUGCGACACGAUGCGAAGAAGGAGCAACCGCUGAACAACAGCUCGAUCUAUGUGACAGCACUGAUGGCCUGCAAGGGACUGCUGUGGGUGGGCACAAAUGUGGGCAUUGCGGUGACCAUUCCACUGCCCCGGCUCGAGGGUGUGCCCAUCAUCAGUGGCGGCAUCAAUAUGUCGUGUCACGCGCACUUUGGUCCCAUCACCUUCCUUUUGCCGCUCAUCCCCAAGGUGUAUCCCUCCUACAAGCCAACAACAGCCAACACAAGCAGCAGCAGCAACAGUAGCACGACCAACAACAACGCCACAACUACAACAACAACAACAACUACGACUGUGGUGGCUGUGCCCAGCAUGGGUGAUGAUCUGCAGCUGCCCGCCAUCGAUGCGGAUCCCAAGAAGCUGUCCGAAUCGGAUCUCGAUGAGAGCAGCGUCAUCUUGCGUCGCGAUCUCCGCAAAGAGGAAUCCCUCUCGACCCCUGGCAGCGUGUCCACAACGCCUGUGGAUGUGGCACUGAUUGCCUCGCUGCCACACUCAGCCACAUGUUCGCCACGCAGCUCCAAGCUGGACAAACAACAUUCGCUCGAUCAAAGUUUUACCGCAAAGAUACGCGCAUCGUUGGCCAACUCGCCAGCGUUUCAUCGCAAGCGUCUGGGCGCAGCAGCUGGAGCUGGUGCUACUGGAGGCAACGAAGCCGGUUGUCGCAUGUCAAAGACCCUGCCACGUGGCCUGGGUGCAGCAGCCGCUGGCGGCGCCACCGGAUUGCAUGCGACGGCGAGCAGCUUGUCGCAGCAUGGCGAGCACGGCUAUUGCGAUGUCUAUGGCCUGUAUGGCAAGCUGAUCUUUGUGAAGGAGGACUACGAUGCCGAGGAGGGCACCCAGGGCAAUCUCAUGGACAUGAUGUACGAGGGCAUGCGUCGCUCCGAUCCCGAAUUGGCCGCCAUCCCUGGCAAAGUGUGCACCCUCGAUCGCCGGCUGCGCAUGAAGGCGUCGCGUCCGCGUUCCCUCGACCUGUCCAACUGGUCGGUGGACUCGAAGUCAUCCAGUCUGUACACCUCGUCGGGCAGUGAGGAGAGCGUGGGCAUUCGACUGUUUGGCGGACGCUCGGUGUCACGCAACAGCAGCAGUGCCAGCCACAAGACAUCGGGCACUGGCAGCGAUCUGGGCAACAUUUCCGAGAACGGACUCAUGACCACCGCCGACAUCCAUCAGCAGCAGCAGCAACAGCAACAACAGCAACAGCAGCAGCAACAACAACACAGCACACCCAAGUCGGAGGAUGGCUUCAAGCUGCUACAGUCGGAGAAGCAAGCGGCCCCGGCAGCUGUGGCAACGUUGAAGCGCAAACAGAAGCAGAAUUCGAAGCAGCAGCAGCAACAAAGCGCCGACGGACCGCGCACAGUGAUCACUCUGAUGGGCGGACGCGGCUAUUGGCGCCAUGUGUGGUACAACAGCAACGCCAGUUCGCCGGGUCACAAGGGCGGAUCAGGCGCGGGCGGCGGCGGCAGCAGUGGCGGAAGUGCGACCACAGCGGGCAGCGGUGGCGCCUCGGGCAGCUGUUCGCCGUUGACGGCCAACUCGAACGAUGCGCACAUUGUGGUGUGGGAGAAGAAAUUAUAAUCGCAGGAGUUGGUGUGCUGUUGCAC